AUGUCAGGGAAUAAUGAAAACCCAAACAAUAAUGAACAAAAAAAUGACUUGGAAUGUGGCGCUGAAGGAAGAGUCGAUUGGAGCCCUUUAUCCGCAUUGACAGGAAUUCGGCCCAGGGUGACACAAUAUGGGUUAAGGAGAUACAGUCCGAUGGAAUGGAGAGAGGCCAACGACAACGUAGUCGGACCAAUCCCUUCAGCAGAUAUGCUCGAUCACGAAAGUAAAAACAUAAUUUCCGGAGUGGCUUCUGCUUGUGACAAAGAACAAAGCGAAAACACGUUGCGAUUAAGACAAAGAGCGGUUGAUGUUACAAUUAAAAAUAAUGUAACUACCAGAUAUUGUGAAGAAUUAAGAGAAGAAGUAGAACAAAUGGGACAAUAUAAAUUACGUAUAAGAAAAGCAUUAGAAUAUUUAGGUGUAGUUGAAGGAAUUAACGAGGAAUGCCGUACGAUUCGUAAAAAACGUUUUACAGAAGAUUUAGUCAGAGACGUAGUAGAAGAAGAAUUGUUUCAAGAAAAAGGUUUAUGCGAAGAAAUAAGACAAUUAUACAAUGCGACUCUCAGAGAAUUUGAAGUUGAGUAUAAAACAAUUAAAGGGUGUUACCAAGAAGUUCAUUCCCUUUGGAGCGAUCAAAAAGAGACGAUGCAACUUGAAACUGAAAAUAUCGGUCUGAAAAGUUCAUCUGAUGAAAUUUUUUUUUGCCACGGAAAUGCCAGACACGAAAAAGACACGUCAUCUUUAUUGAUUUGGGAAGAAUAUAUGAAUGAGAUUUUAAAUAGUAUUAAAAAAACUAUAAAAAGUUCAAAACUCCUGAGACAGAAAAUUCAUUCUUCCAUACUCCCCGAAUCGGUUAAAGAUUUAAUAAAACAAGACGAAAAAGUUUUGAAAGCUUUUCUACAGAGAAUAGAUGAAGUUGGAAGUGCCAAGCAAAAACUUGAAUCUGAAUUAGAUUCCGUUUUAAAAGAAAUUGCUCACGCAGAAGGUUUAUACGGGGAUUUAGAUAAGGUGGGACGUCAAGUGGAUUUUAAUUUGAAAGUCGUACAAACGAGACUCGAAAAUAAACGUCAUCGUCCGGGAGCGGAAAAUUGCAGAGAUAAAUCUCAAAUGGGACUCUUAAAAGAGAUUAAAGUAAUAUCGGAACGUGUGACUGCUUUGCAAGUACAUUUAACGAAAAUAAACGACAGCAUUGAAAAACUUUAUGCCGCGAGAAAAAGGUUGGAAAGACAAAUAUACGUGAAAAAUCAUUCUUUAGCUUUAGACCAAAAGAGAUGUCUUGAGUUCAGAAGGAAAUUUCCCAACGCCUCAUUUUUGAUGGGCUACUGA